AUGGAUAAUGGGCUGUGCUUUACUGCUUCAGAUGAUUACAAAGAUGCACUAAGCAAAGGCAUUUUGUUCUUUGAAGGUCAACGUUCUGGGAAAUUGCCUGAAAACCAGAGAGCUAACUGGAGAGGAGAUUCUGCACUAUCAGAUGGCGAGCUUGAAAAUGUGAAUUUGACUGGAGGAUACUAUGAUGCCGGUGACAAUAUCAAAUUUGGGUGGCCAAUGGCAUUUUCUGUCUCUUUGUUGAGUUGGGCUGUCACUGAAUAUCAGACUGAGAUCUCUGCCGCCAACCAGCUAGGCCAUGUAUGCAGCGCAAUCCGGUGGGGAACAAUGUUCUUACUCCAAGCACACGCUUCAUCUACCACACUAUAUACUCAGGUUGGGGAUGCAAAUAGAGAUCAUCAAUGUUGGGAGCGUCCCGAAGACAUGGACACUCCUCGGACACUUUACAAGAUUACGUCUAGUUCUCCAGGAACCGAGGUGGCAGCUGAGGUUGCUGCUGCCCUUGCUGCUGCAUCAAUUGUUUUUAAUGUGACUGAUUCCGAAUAUUCUGCCGAGCUGUUACGCCAUUCAAAAUUGCUAUUCGAGUUCGCAGACAAGUUUAGAGGAUCUUAUCAGGGUUCUUGCCCAUUCUACUGCUCUUACUCGGGUUAUCAGGAUGAGUUGCUCUGGGCUGCUACUUGGCUCUACAAAGCGAGUGGAGAUAACAGCUAUUUGGACUACGCAGCGAGCAAUGCCGGUUGGAGUCAGGCAGUUUCCGAGUUCAGCUGGGAUAACAAAUUCGCCGGAGCUCAAACUUUACUAGCAAAGGAAUUUUUGGAGGGAAAGACAAAUUUAGAAAAGUAUAAAACUUGUGCUGAUUCGUUUGUAUGUGCAUUGAUGCCAGGAAGUAGCUCUCUUCAGAUUAAAACAACACCUGGGGGGCUGCUUUAUAUUAGAGACAGCAGUAACUUACAAUAUGUUACUGGCUCUUCGAUGAUACUUCUCGUCUACUCCAAGAUACUAAAUUCCGCUGGUGUUCAUGGAGUACAAUGUGGUUCAAAGGAUUUUUCGACCUCUACUAUCAAAGCCUUUGCAAAAUCACAGGUCGACUACAUACUAGGAAACAAUCCUAUGAAUAUGUCAUACAUGGUUGACUUUGGGACCAAAUUCCCAACACAAUUACACCAUAGAGGUGCAUCCAUUCCUUCAAUUAAAAAUCAACCAGCCAAGGUGGGUUGCAAUGAUGGGUUUUCAACGUGGUAUUCUUCAAGCCAGCCCAAUCCAAAUACUCAUACUGGGGCAAUUGUUGGGGGCCCAGAUUCAAAUGACCAAUUUAGUGAUUCAAGAUCAGAUUAUUCACAUUUAGAGCCCACAACUUAUAUGAAUGCAGCUUUUGUGGGAUCUUUAGCUGCUUUGCUUGGAGAAAGUAACGAAGAGUGUGUGUAUAGUGUGGUUGAUGAUCUACAGAUUCAUCAUCAAUAA